CUCUCAGCACAUCCCUCCACCUUGGGAAAAACAAUAAACAUUUUUCAGAUGGAUUUUGGUAGCGGGCGUUUUGUUAUAUUUGUACUUUGAAAAGUCUGGACGGCCACUUGCUACUUAAAUGAAAAAGCAACACGGUUUAAUCAGAAUCGCCUUCGUUGAUUUCCCUUCUCUGUGGAAGAAGAUAUUCUGGAGCGCUUUGGGAUUAUUUUUCUUAUUCAGUGGCGGAGGAGUAUUGCAGAGGGAGGGGUGGUAAGGUGUUCAACAUGGCGGCGCCCUACGGAGUGGGGCAAUUCUAAUUGCAGUGGAGCCCGGGCCCGGGACCCCCGCCCUGGACAGGACCCCUUCAGAGCGAUAGGCGCGAGCCCCGCCCUGGAUUCGGUCUCCUGGAUUCGGUCUCCGUCCCCUCCGCACCAUGGCCAAGGAGCAGCCCAACGUGGGCGACCUGCUCCCCCUCCUGGAGUCCUCCGACCUGCAGCAACUGGAAGAGAUCAAGGGCCUCAUCAACGAGCACCUCAACACAGAGCGAGGGUCAGUGCUGCUGAACAGCUUGGUGGACUAUUACCUGGAGACCAGCUCCUCCCAGGCUGUGCAGAUCCUGGUCUCUGUGAGGGAGCCUCAUGACAAGCACCUCCUGGAUAAGAUGAACGAGGCCCUGAGCAAGCAGCCCUGUCGGCUGCCCACCCUCACCCUGCUGGGCCACGUCGUUCGCAAGCAGCCGUCCUGGAUCCACAAGAUCGCCCGCCUUCCUCUGCUCAACACCCUUCUCAAAUGCCUGAAGGCGGACACUGACGUGGUGGUGCUGAUAACUGGAGUCCUGGUGCUCAUCACCCUGCUGCCCAUGAUCCCUCAGCCCGGCAAGCAGCACCUGUACGAGUUCUUCGACGUCUUCGGCCGCCUGGCGGGCUGGAACGUCAAACAUCCAGGUCAUGUGACAGAUGUGUACCUGAUCCACCUGCACGCCACCGUGUACUCGCUCUUCCACCGGCUCUACGGAAUGUACCCCUGCAACUUCGUCUCCUACCUGCGCUCCCACUACAGCAUGAAGGAGAACUGCGACACCUUCGAGGAGGUGGUGAAGCCGAUGCUGGAACACGUCAGGAUACAUCCCGAAUUAGUGACUGGAACCAAGGACCACGAGUUGGACCCCACCAGGUGGAAGAGGUUUGAGGUCCACGACAUCGUCAUCGAAUGUGCCAAAGUGUCUCUGGACCCCAAGGAGGCGUCGUAUGAGGAGGGAUACUCCACCAUGCCAGAACACUUCUCCGCCCACCUGCAGCUCCGCCCGCUCGACUGCACCACCAGCCCCUACACCGACCUGCACAGCAGCUACGGAAGCUCCUCCUCUACCCAGUAUUCCACCCCCCGCCAGCCCCUGUCCCUGCCCAUGCCCCCGCUAUCAGGGACACAGCCCCCCCAGCGUAGCCCCCAGACCUCCCGACAGCAGAGCCUGAACUGUGAGUCCAGCUGUGAGGUGAAGGACCCCAUCUGGAGCCCCUCCUCCCACUGUGGCAUGACCACGCCCCCGACUCGCCUCUCGCCAACCGCCGACCAGUCCCAGAACGCCCCUCACCCGCUGGGCCGAGCCCACAGCAUAUCGGGUGGGAAACGGACCCCCUCCUCCGCCAUCCCCGCCGCCUCCUCUCCUCCCCCGUCCCUCCCCGAUUACGCUUCCCUCCCCGCCAGCGUUGGCGUUGGCCCCCCGCGCAAGGAGGAUCGACCCACGGAAUCAUCAAAGCCCCUUCUCCUGAGGCAGGAGCCAAUCAGUGAGCAGGAGAAGGACAGUAGUGAGAUGACCAAUGGCAGAGAUGGCGCUGUUGAAAAUGUGAAGAACAUGACGCUCACAGAGCUGUCCGCCUUCAUGAAGGAGCAGGAGCUGGACCUGCAGCAGCGUCCAGAGAAGGAGGGAGAGGAGGACGCCAUCACGGAGGAGCUCCUGCAGAUAACGGAGGAGAAGCGCGAGGCGUCGGGCCUGCGGGGGUUCGACUCGCCCUUCUACCGCACCACCGAGACGCUGACGGGGGCGCAGGAGAAGCUGCUGGCCACGUCCACGCCCGGCCUGACCGGCGAGCCGCAGAACGCCACCUCCACGCCGGACAAGGCCGAGGCCCCGCCCUGGGCCGGCGGCGGGGGCGUGGCCGGGGGCGGGGCCAGCCUGGACCUCUCCUUCCAGCCCGUCUUCACGCCCAUCGACCACCCCCUGAGGUGCCGCUUCCCCCGCUGCCCCUCGGCGCCCGAGGAGGAGGCGGCCGGCCUGUUCACGCCCAGCCCCUGCGGAGGCCCCGCCCCUGGCCCCGCCUACGAGCCCCUGUUCGACCUGGCGCUGCCCAAGGUCGCGCCCCUGUUCGUGGGGAGGAGGACCACGGAGGCGGCGCGGAGGGCCCGCGGGAGGAAGGGUGGGGAGGAGGAGGAGGCCGGGGACGGGAUGGCCGCCUCCUCCCCGCUGGAGGUGCUCGACCGGCUUAUUCAGCAGGGAAACGACGUCCACGACAAGGUGCUGAAGAGACUGCCUUUGCCAAGCAAAUCAGCUGACUGGACGCACUUUGGAGGUAAACAACAGAGUAUUAAAGCAAAAGGCUCCGCCCCCCUGGACGAGCUGCACACGCUGCGCAGUCAGCUGCUCCUGCUGCACAACCAGCUGCUGUACGAGCGCUACAAGAGGGAGCAGCACGCCGUCCGCAACCGCCGCCUGCUGAGGCGCAUCAUCAACGCCACGGCGCUGGAGGAGCAGAACCACGCCAUGAAGGACCAGCUGAAGCUGCAGGACCUGGAGGCCCAGUGCCUCCAGGCGAGCCUGCAGGCGGAGCAGCGGAGGUACCGGCAGCUGUGGGACGACCGGGAGACGAUGGUGACCCGCCUCCACAGCCAGAUCCGCCAGCUCCAGCAGGGCCGCGACGAGUACUACACAAAGACCCAGGAGCUGCAGAGCAAGCUUCAGGAAUACCAGAAGAGGACAGGUGAGCUGGAGGCAGAGCUACAGAAGGCUAACAACAAGGUGUGCAAUACAGGGCACCAACUCAACCAGCUGUCCGUGAAGUUGACCAGCAGUGAGACCGUCCAGCAGCAGAUGGCUGCCCUGAACAAGCAGCUCCUCCUCCUCGGGGAGGUCAAUCGGCUGUGCGUGGAGGAGCUCCAGCACCUGGGCCCCAACAGCAACAAGGAGGCGCACAUGGUGCAGGCAUCGUCGGUGAAGGACGUGGAGAAGCUGCACCAGAGCCUGGCGCAGCAGGGCCAGCGACUGGAGGCCGCCCAGCAGCGAAUCGGAGACCUCGAGUCCCAGCUCGCCAAGAAGGAGCACCUCAUCGUGGAGCAGAAGAAGUUCCUGGAGGACGUGAAGAGCCAGGCCAGGGAGCAGCUGCAGGCCUCUGAGAGCAGGUACCAGGCCCAGAGGAGGGUCACGCAGGUCCUGCAGACCGAGCUGCUCCAGCUCUACAGCCGGCUGGAGAUGGAGAGCCCGGCUGCCUGCAACUCACCAGCAGGGGGCGCAGAGUCCUUCAGCUCCACAGACUCCAGGCUGGAGGAAUGCGGCACCCUGGGGCUGGGGGAACAGGUGAAGGGCGACGCCCAGGGCGGGGCCACAACAAACUCCUCUGAGCCCCUGAUGGGCAACGGCAGCACUCUGUCGCCAGGGAAGCCCCAGGCCGGGGCGGCGGCUGCGAACGUAAACGGCAGCCAGGAGCCCCUCCCCCUCCUGCUGGACCCGCCCCGCCUCCUCUGCCCACCUGCCAGCACCUCCUUCACUGUGGGCUCCUACCCCAGCGCCAAGAGCUUCCUGGGCAUGCGCUCCCGCGAGCUCUUCCGCAACAAGAGCGAGAGCCAGUGCGAGGAAGAGGAGGAGCCGCCCCGCCUGGCCGGCCUCUCCCAGGGCCUGAAGACUGAGCAGUGCGUGGAGACCGCGGAGAGCCCCGCCCCCGGCUCCGCCCCCACCAAGGACGCCCACCCCGAUGCCCAGCAGAGGGCCAACAACAGAGGGGGGGGCGGAGCCGGCGACGCCCGUCAGAGGCAGCAGCAGCUGAGAAUCAUGGACUACAAUGAAGCGCAUCUCGAGCACAGCUAGACAGGCGGAGGGAGACGAAGGCGGAACAAGGCAAAAGAGGAGGCGACCUGUUGUUAUUAUUUACAAUCCCUGCGUGGACAGCAGGAUUUCAUCUUCAUUUAGUUUACCUUCACUCGAUCAAAUGGAAGGACUGUACAAAAAAAAAUCUGUCAUUUUUUAAUCAGUUUUAAUCUUUGAAGCUGCCCAGUCAGGUCCUGCGUUAGCCUCGCACGUCAAUCAUAUCUGCCUCAUCUGCCCAGGGUUCCGUCAGGUGAUGACCGUGGGCGUAACUGAGAUAAGUAUGCACAGACCACCCCUAAACUUGCUCCUUACCAGCUAGUUAAGCAAGAGGCCUGUUGUGUGCUGAUUUGGUGGGUAAAAUACUCGCCGUUUUUGAUCGCAUGGCCGUUUUGUACACUUUAUCUCAGUUUCUGCGUUGUGAGGCUAGAUACUAGAUACAGGGCUAAGCAAGGCUCUUCUUGUAUUAGUUCAGUGGGUCUGUUUGGUCUGCGGAUUGUAGGGACGCUCACAGUCCCGUGAGAGAAGCAGGAAGACCUGUAGUAUCGCACAGUACACAAGGCAGAGGCCUGGGUGCUUUUUUUCCUGUAUAAACUGAAUGAACUACAGAUUCGAUCCAUUCAGAAUUCCACAAGAAAUCCCUGAAAUCUGGCUUACAAGUGAGGGCAAAAUUGCUUAAAAGCCGUACAAUUACAGACGACGAUAUGCUUUGGAAAAGUAGAAAAGUGAAGCUCAAAUAAAACUGACAGGCUUCCUGGGUAGAGGAGGUCGUUAUGUUUUUUUUUUUUUUUUUUUUUGCAGUGCGCCAGUCGUGAGCAUCUUCGAGUUCACGUGCUUGUCUAUUCGAGUCCGUUUACAGCAAGUUGUCAGCAGUCAGAGGAGCUUGUUCAUCAUUUUAAUUUCUAGAGAUGCAUUCAAUUUUUGUCGUCUGAAAAAGACCGUGGUUUUUCCGGUCUCGGGCACGAGCAGUUCGUGACAGGGAUUGGAAAUAUGUGCACGCGGGUCUCGAGCGCUGGGCUUUCGCGAGCACCAAAGCGAAAAAAAAGCGGCUUUCGGAUUCCUGGCCUGUUGCAACUGCGCAUUAGAGCGAGUAUUUCUGAUAAAGCUUUAAAGCGGCAGAUUAUUAAAUUUCAUGCUGCCCCGACCUCUGAGCCCUGUCAGCCAUUUUCUGAGCCGAAAUGUGUCCGCUCGCAAAUGCUAUUCGAGCCCGACUCUGCACUUUGGAGGCUUAAAGCGAAGCGCUUUUUAAAUGAACCCUACAGCAUCCGCAGUAACGAACGCGAGUAUCUCGCAGGGGAGAUGUAUGGUGGACGGUAAGACGGCCAGCUGUCGCGUUUUUUUCCCUCCCUCUGGGUUUGCUGAGUUUCGGAGGUUUAUUCUAGUAAUAAUGCAUUGAAGACGGCAAUAAUGCGCCUCUUACGCUCCAACUGUGGUAAUAAGAUGGAGUUUAGCGACUGAAAUUUGAGCCGGGGUACUGUGUUUGGAAACGGCCGCUGCUGCCUGUGCUCACUGGGAUUUUCUGUUCCCUCAUUCUGAACUCUCCAAGGGUCUGUGAGCUAGUCCGUGACCUGUCCUUACAGUUUGUGAGGUCGUUUCCUUGGUCUCUGCCGGGGAGCUGCUAGGAGUAUCAAAUUCCGUGAGAGAAAACCGCUCCCUUUUCGCUCAAGACUGCUUUUCGCUUGAGCUGUUCGUCCCUGCCAUCCACGCUCAGCUACUGGGACCGUGGGCUUGAAGGUGACCCGUUUCCUAGAUUCUCCGUGCAUUGUCUGAGAGGUGAACUCUCCUCUAUGCGCGUGACGGCACUGCAGAGGAGCAGAAUAUUAGGGCGCAUAUAUUCAUAUUUCAGGACAUAUUCAGUGCUACUUACAUUUCUGUGGCUUUUUAAAAACUAUGCAUAGUGCCAUAAAUCGAAUCUGUCUGGUUGCUGCAAUUCGACUGCAUUAUAAACAGGAGAGAAGCAUUCUCUGGUCAGUGUUCUUCUGUCCACAAGGGGUUGUGGUGGCACCAGUCAUUUCAUGAAUGCACUGAAGGUAAUGUCAGGGUGGGGAGAGAGCAUGUAUUCAAAACACAUGCACGCACAAACCAAUCAACACUGACGCACAACCAUCGAUGGAAGCGUUUUGUGCGACCUUUUUGUGUUACACAGUCAGGCUCUCUCUCUCACACACACAUAUCCCCCACCCUAGAUCACUUCACAAAUGUGAGCAGACUUCUUUUUCACUUUUUUUUUUUCAUAUUUUGUGUCAAAGACUGAGAACCAGACUGCACACACCUCUUUGGGCAGUUUACCUGUUGCCAAAAAAGAAAAAGGUUCUGAAGAAAUCUGCCUCGGUUUUUUUCUUUUUUCUCCCAAUGACAUGAGGAUUUUUUUGCAUGUGGCUCAGGAAGGCACUCAAGUUUGAUAAGUUUGAAGGAAAAAAAAAACAUUUGCUUAAUCAUUUCAUACAAAGAUUUAUUUUUGUUUUUAAUAUGAAUCCUGUUGUCCACUUAACCUCUCAGCUGUCCUGUCUGGCUUGCUACUGUAAGCAUGUACAGCAAUCCAAUUAAAAUGCUUGUGACGAAGCGAGAGAUGACAGUAUGGUACAAUCUGACAGCGAAUAGAGUUGGGAGAUUGAAGGGGUGGGGAGGGGGAGGGGGUUGGUCUCCAUUAUCGGGAGUACAAAGUUCUGAAACAGCAGACAAAAAAGUUCUUAAAAGCAGUUGCUUGUAUUUAACUGUGAACGAUUAAAAAAAAAUAAAAAUAGUCUUUGAUGUUUUGCACUACA